UUUGUUGCACGCGGAGAGAGGAGUCGCGCGGAGCCUGUGAUGACAGACAGACACAGACACACACACACACAGACAGACAGACAGCGGACCAACGGCUGCGGCUUUAGCACCGACCGCGACACCUGAGCGACCACCGAGCAGCACCGACACCGCACACACACACAAACAGACGUUGAAGAUACGAGGAGGAGGGAAAAGAGCGGGGCGCAGGCUGAAGGCUGACCGGGACGCGGAGCCCGAUCAGAGGGGGGAGAUAAAUCACCGCCACGAGCGUCACAUCCACCGCAGCUGUUCCUGUGAUGACAAAGGUCUUUGUAACCCGUCUACAGUUCGCCGUGGUUCGCUUUGAUUCCUGUGUCGGCCGUCUCGCCCGUGACUCUUUCCAGUGACCGCGCAGCGAGCGUCUGUCCACGUCCAGUCCCAGUGAAGCAGAAAAUGAUGUCGCAGAAGAAGUUGUUCGUGGUCUGCAUUGCCAUCAGCACUGUCAGUCUUCUGCUGCACCACGGGGGCCACUUGAGCUGGAAGGCCUUCCACAUCGGUAGCCUUAACAUCUGUUCUCACCCUUCUCCGGCAUUGAAACCUAAACACACCAACGUGGCCUUCCUCAAGACCCACAAAACAGCCAGCACCACCAUGCAGAACAUUGUGUUCCGCUUUGCCGAGCACAACAACCUGACGGUGGCGUUGCCUGUGCCGUCUUGCAACCACCAGUUCUGCUACCCGACCUCCUUCAAAACUCACUUUGUCCAUCCACACACGCUGCCGCCAAACAUCAUCUCCAGCCACAUGCGCUUCAAUAGGACGGAGGUGCAGUGGCUGAUGCCAAAUGACACAUUUUAUAUCACAAUACUGCGAGAGCCGGGCUCCAUGUUUGAAUCCUUAUUCAGUUACUACAACCAAUACUGUGUGAGCUUCAAGAGUGUCCCCAAUGCCUCCCUGGAAGCUUUCUUGGAGGACCCCUGGCGUUACUAUCGGCCACUAGAAAAGAAUUCCAUGUAUGCACGCAACACCUUGACCUUUGACUUGGGUGGGGAAAAGGAUCGGCCAUCAACAGAUGUGGCAUAUGCGGAGGCCUUUGUGGCAGAGGUGGAGCGGGUUUUCCCCCUGGUGAUGAUUACAGAAUACUUUGACGAGUCACUGGUUCUUCUUCGCCAUCUCCUCAACUGGGACCUGGAUGACAUAAUCUACGUUAAACACAACAUGCGGACCCUGAGCUCAAAGCGGAGCCUGACACCAGACCUUUCUGCAAAGAUCCGUGCUUGGAAUUCCUUGGAUGCGCGUCUCUAUGAUCACUUCAAUGCCUCACUGUGGCGCAGGCUGUCAGCUCUGGGUCUGGACUGUGUGGCAAGGGAGGUGCGUCUACUUCAACAGGCACAGGAGCGAUUGAUGAGAAGCUGCUUUGGCAGGCGGAUGCCACUUCUCAAGUCAGCAGCACAGAUCGAAAACAAAAGUCUUCGUCCGUGGCAGCCUAGUGCAAAAGUCAACAUUGUGGGGUACGACUUUCCGGUCAAUCUCAGCCAUGGGUUCAUGAGCCAAGCCCAGGAACUGUGCCUCAAGCUCAUCUUGCCUGAGUUGCAGUACACGAAGGACUUGUUACACUCCCAAUCACUGCGCUACCGUCAACGCCACCAGCACCGCACUCCACAGCAGUCACACCCUUUCCAGCAGUCCAUACACACAGUCCUGCCUCGGCAUCCUCAAGUGCGCCAUGGCCAACAGUCUGCUGUAGCUCCAGGUCCUGCCCCAGGAAAUGGGUCCACGUCUACCCCAAAGCCUGCAGCAGAAACUAGAAAUCAAACCACUCAGCCAGGGCCGAAAUCUUCACAACCUGGGAAAUAGAGACUUAGAUAUAUGUGAGUGCCCAACAGACCGCCUAUCCUGAUUGUAAGGACAAUGGUUGGCUGUUGUGGGGGGUCAACACUUUGAUUAAGGAUUGGACUUAUCUGGACUUGAACUUGAAUCUUUUCUCUUUCUGGUCUGUGAGGGUGGGAGAAAUUUGUUUAAAUCUUUGUUAAUUUUCGUGUUUUGUGUUUGAGGACCCUCUUGAAAAGGAGUGGGCGCAUCUCUAGAGGUUUGUCCUCAAAUGAACUGUCAGAUCUACACCGGUACUCGGUGAGGUUGCACACCCAACCAAGGCAGACGGGACCUGGUUUCAGGAGAAAGUGGGGCUUUGAAGCAAAUCUGUUAUGUGCACAUUUGAGACUCAAUAGAGAAGUGGCAUUGUCUGGCCUAUUGUGAGGCACAGAGUGGGCUUUGUGUGGAUUUCACUGGAAUGGUAUCACGUUACUUGCUUUUUUCAGACUCUCUUUUGGUUUCUCUCCCGAACAUAUGCCACUUUAAGUCCUUGAGAGAGACAUAAUGACAUAAAGGGGUCAGCUGUCAUGUCUCCUAAGAGCCUCCCAAGGGGCCAGAGAGACACUGACAUAAGCUCCAGCCAUUAGUACAACAGCACAAUAAACAACUCUUUUCCUCUUCUUACAAACUCCAUAUGCUAAAGGAGGGAUUUUAAAAUAGUCUUUAAGGUAAGACUAAAAACCAGCUGGAUACUCAAUUUGGCCAGCCAUUAUGACAGUGACUCAGAACGAGACUGCUUGUUACUCCUCAGCCUUCACUCGACCUGCCAGAGUUCCUCCCCGCAUUCUUCCUCUUCUGGUCAUGAGUCCAGAAAGCACCUUUCCUCCCUGCCAGUUGAUCUGAGACUCCAACCUCCCUCUGAUUACCAGCUCAGAUCACGUCUCACAUUUUGAAGGCGUGGGUGUUUUUUCAGUUUUUGAUCUUGGGUAUUACUGCAAUAAGAUCUCCAGGCCUUCAUUCUCUACGAGAGACAUGGAUUUAAUGACCUACCAGCAACCCCCGUGCGUUGUACCGCACACACUGGCACAAAAAAAAAAAGGGAACGUAAACAAGUUGACAGGACAAAGACUGGACGCCUGUGGGUCGCAGUAUUUGAAUAUUUAAUCAUCAUGUCUCGCAGCCCUCCUAUGGCCCAUGUGCUUGGGUUACAUGGCCUUACCUUUUCAUUAAGGACAGCUUGGACCCAAUGAAAGCUGCUCAUUCUGAACCCGGGAGAAGCGAUGGCUGAAAGUGCAGGAGGUUUCAUGUCUUGUCGUGACUCUUUUUUUUCCCAGCUGGUUUGGUGGCGAUUUUUAUGCCUUCUGCUCAUAAUUAAUGUGUAAUUUAUGUGUUUGAAUUAAUAGACCUAUUUUCUCAAUGCGGAAAGUAACCAGGGGUCCGACUUCCUAUUUUUGUGCAGCACUUCGGGUACUCGUGCAUUAACUCGAAGGAGGAGAAAGUUAUUGUCCUGCUGCCUGCUGACUGGAAAUGCCAAACCGGAAGUCUCACAAAAAUAAUGUCUACUUUCUUGCAUCUGCGGGAAAAUAAGGUCUAUGGGAGGGAGAAUAUGUGGGUGUAUUUGUGUGAGUGUGUGUGUGUGUGUGUGAGAGAGAGCGAAAAAUACCUUUUUUUUCAUUUGGUGGCAUGGCAACUAAUGAAAAUCAUAUAUGUAAGAGUGGCUAAAAUGAUUCAUAAUUAUUUAUUAUCGGUAACUGUAUUUCUAAUUCUAAAAUCUCAUGAAUCAUUGGAUUAAAGAAAAUAAAACCCUGUAAGUGCACCGUCAUAGAUAGGUUCAGCACACGACCAAAGCACCACCAGCGGUGGAACAGCGGCAUGUGCUAUGAAAUAUUCAUUGUAUGUACGUUUUGCAUAAUGCAAACCUACAAAGACCACUUCUGGAACCCGCACAUCGAGACGAGGGUUGUCGAUUUCAAAUUAAUCUUUCAUUCUGCCGCGCUCAAGCGCGCCAAACCGCGCCGCGCCUUUGUGGUCGGAGGCCGCCGCCGCCGCCGCCGCGCUGUGCAAUGAUGGAAAAAAAAAACACGAAACCACAGACCUGAGAGGACACACGCCGUUUCAGACGUGUCCUCAUGCGAACCUCAGCUUUAAAAGCACGAGAUUGCACAGUAUGGCUUUUAUUUAUUUACACGAGACGAGUGUACUUUUCCUUCCCUGCCGCGUUUCACCCUAUCUCGAGUCCACUGUCCAAUGUGAAAACUGUUGUAGCAUCAAGUAAAACUGCUGAACCGCUUGAAUCCCACGUGAAUCUGCUGUAAAAUAGGAAAACACUGUAUUUCUCCACGAAGCUUGUACACUACUUUAUAAACGAGACGUUGUGAAAUGAACGCAACCUGGAGAACAAGUCCAACGCAUUGUUUCACAUGGCUUAGCUUCCCCUUUUGCUGUUUAUUUCAUAUUGCCUCCACAAUCUUUUGGACUACAUCACUUAUGAUGUUUUCUUCUGCUUUGCAAAAGCACCCUUUUCUUUGGAACAAUAAUAAUAAUAAUAAUAAUAAAAAAAAGGACCAGAAAUAAACUGUUAAUGUGAGGCUGAAAAUAAUGUUCUGUAACCUUUGUAACCUGCUCUGAAGUCAAAUUAAUUUAUUUGAUAUUGAAUUCUUCAGGUCUCCGUGCGCACAGACCUGCAACUGAUGAACAACCUUUUACCUAAUUGUUAUUGAGCGCAGCUGAGAUAUGAUAUGAUAUGAUAUGAGGUACUGCUGUCAUUACUGGAGUGUACAGUAAUAAACUGAUGCUCAAAUGCAUUCAUGUAGUAAAUGGGCGCGCGUUCAACAAUGGCUAAUGCUUCUUCUUCCAUGUCUGUGUCUGACUGUGUGAAAGAUGAAGGGAAUGUGUCUUUAUGUCCUGCUGUCUCCUCGUUUUGUAUUUUAUUUUAUUUCAUUUUUGUUACGAUGCCUUUCUCCGUGCUGUGUUGGUUUUUAAGAGUUGUUCGCCCCAGCUCUGAGGGACUUUAUGUGAUGGUCAUGCUGUCGCGGCGAAGAAGUGGAAAAUGUCAUCGUCUCCACUUUAUUUUAUUCUUUCAGAGCGACAUAACAAGGCUGUGGUUUUUUUUGCUUUUUAAAAAGAAAUGGGCCUCUGUCUUGUGGUGUCGGAACUGGGGUUGUUUUUUUUUUGUUGUGGGGGGACACUUCUGUCUCCUGAACCUAUGGUUCUCAAACUGUGGUACAUGUACCACCAUUGGUACGUGAGCUUCCUCUGGUGGUACUUGGAGGAAAAUCCGAAAUACUCUUCUGCUGUAAAUGCCGGGGUAUGUGAAAUAUGAAAGAAAUCGUGUUUUUAAAUUUAAAAUGAAAAUGUAUAACCGAGUGUACAGUGUUACACUGUAACUCCUCGAUUCCUCUGUUUCUUUGCUUAUCUGUGAAAUGUUUUUUGGGUUUUCGGGCUCAGAACAUGUGACUAGUGACAAUCAGAGCUAAGGGGCCGCAUAGCUUUACGAAGAUAAGUUGUGAACGUGACAAAUAAAGUUUGAAUGUUUUCAUCUCA